AUGGUUUCCAUAUCGAAGCUCGCUUUCACUUCGACCUUCCUUUGGUCUUUGGUCGCUGCACAAAAUGUCGGCACUCAGAAAGCUGAAAACCACCCUUCCAUGUCCUUCGAGACUUGUGAUGGAUCCGGAGGUUGCUCUUCGCAGUCUGGAGAGGUUGUGAUCGACUCUAACUGGCGUUGGGUUCACAAUAACGACGGGUAUCAAAACUGCUACACAGGAAAUUCCUGGUCUUCGGAAUUUUGCCCAGAUAAUGUUUCCUGUGCUGAGAACUGCGCCAUCGAUGGUGCUGACUAUGCGGCCACCUACGGAAUCACUUCCAGUGGAGAUGCAUUAACGCUCAAGUUUGUCACUAAGACAAAAGGCGAGGGUACCAACAUUGGAUCCCGUACAUACCUCAUGGACUCCUCAUCCAGCUAUAAGAUGUUCGAUCUCCUCGAUAACGAAUUCACAUUUGACGUUGAUGUUUCCAACCUUCCAUGCGGUCUUAACGGUGCUUUGUACUUCGUAUCCAUGGACGCAGAUGGUGGUAUGUCCAAGUAUCCUGGAAAUAAGGCUGGUGCCAAGUACGGAACUGGGUAUUGUGAUGCUCAAUGCCCAAGGGAUCUCAAGUUUAUCAACGGUGAGGCCAACGUCGAAGGUUGGGAAGCAUCCUCCAAUGACCAGAAUGCCGGUGUUGGUGGCUACGGAUCCUGCUGCCCCGAAAUGGACAUCUGGGAAGCCAACUCCAUUUCGACCGCGUACACUCCUCACCCAUGCUCUACCAACGACCAGCACCGUUGUGAGGGUGACGGCUGCGGUGGCACUUACUCCAACGAUCGUUAUGCCGGCACAUGCGACGCUGACGGCUGCGAUUUCAACUCCUACCGUCAAGGUGACACUGAAUUCUAUGGUCCCGGAAAGACCAUUGAUACUGGAAAGAAGUUUACCGUUGUCACUCAGUUCCUUACCGAGGGUGGCGAGCUCUCCGAAAUCAAGCGUUUCUACGUCCAAGACGGAAACGUUGUUGAAAACUCUCAGUCCACUAUCGACGGUGUAUCCGGAAACUCCAUUACCGACGCCUUCUGCGACGCUCAGAAGUCCGUUUUCGGCGAUCACACUGGCUUCCAGGAUAAGGGUGGCCUCAGGGCUAUGGGCGAUGCUAUGAAGAACGGUAUGGUCCUCGUCAUGUCCCUCUGGGAUGACCACCACGCAAACAUGCUCUGGCUCGACUCUUCCUUCCCUGUUGAUGAGGACCCUUCCAAGCCCGGUAUUGCUCGUGGAACUUGCGAUACUAGCUCUGGUGAUCCUACCGAUGUUGAGGCUUCCGUUCCAGAUUCUUCGGUCACAUACUCCAAGAUCAGGUUCGGACCCAUUGGUUCGACUUUUGACGGUCCUGCUGCUAUCAAGCAGAGGAUGGCCAGACGCAAGCGCGGCAUGAAGAGACUGUCUUCGAUGUCAGCUUAA